GUGGCAAGGUUCAGGUCCCGCCAAUGCCCAGGCUCCAUACAACAAGCGCCCGGCGCCUGGUGCAGCACUGUGAGUCAGGUUGGCCAGCCCCUGGUCGCGACGGCGGGCGGGCGGCUCACGGCGGGCGGUGCCGCCUGAGAGCGAUGGGAACGACGUCCAAACUCAUCACGAUUCAGGAGGUGGGGGUAAAACAGGCGGCGGCGGCCUGACCCGUACCUCUCGACCUACCACCAUCGUCUUCUGCGAUUCUUCCUCUUACACGUCCUCCUCGUCGAGCUCAACAGCCCCCUCGUUGCUUGCCCUCGACUCGAUCGAUUAUGACCGCCCCCGCCGACCCCCUUUUGGCCCACAUCGUCUCCCGCGUCGAGGCCGACAUCGAGUUCUUGAUUUCGCAGAACUAUAUCGCUCAAGCGGAUGCGUCGCCCUUCCUGCAGCGCUUGACGCAGCUUCAAGCAGGGGCAGGCCAACAGGCGACCACAUUCCCAACUCCUACCCCAGCGUCCGCCUUCACGCCUACUUACAACGCUCCCAAGGCCGCGCCUCCAGCCCCCGCCCCUCGCGCAGCAGCCGUUCCACCAGCGCAGCAGGCGCGUGCGAAGUGGCCCUACAAUGAGGACAGAAGUGAUCCCGACGACCUCUCCUUCUCCGAGGGCGACGUGAUCGAGAUCGUCGAGGAGACAAACGCCGACUGGUGGACCGGCCGCGCGCACGGCAAGCAGGGCCUCUUCCCCGCCACCUACGUCGAGAAGAUUACCGCGCCCUCCCCUUCGGCGCGCUCGCUGCCCCCCGCGUACACAGGCGCGAAGGAGAAGGCAGUGUACAAGCCGUUCGGCGGCGCGGCUUACAACCAGCCGCCCUCCAACGCGCCGCCUCCGCAACCGGCAGCGCCGUCGACGAAUUCGGUGGGCCUACAGCAGGACACCGCCGGGCAGGAGCAGAAGAAGAGCAAGUUUGGCAAGUACGGGAAUACGAUGGCGCACUCCGCAGCGGGGGGUGUCGGGUUUGGUGCGGGUGCGGCCAUUGGUGGUGGCCUCGUGAGGGCAAUCUUCUAGAGAGCCGUAUAUGUCUCGCGUGCAGCUCAAGCCUUUGCGCGUCGAUCCAGACGUCGCUCGCAGAUCAUCAAGAACGUAGGCCCGCUCACGAAACCGCUAUGUCCCGCUUUGUACUGGCGGGCACCUUUCUCCAAAUUCACGCUACCAAGCUCAGCUUAACACACGAUACGGCCUUUCGCUCCUGUCCGCUGCCUUUAUACCAUCACUCUCCUCCUCGGGCUUUUGUAUGGUAUUUAUUCCACGUGGACUAUCUAUCCUAUCCAGUGCAUGCAUUCAAUGUCCG